AUGGAAACUCUCCGCAAUAACACGGAAACACUGGCGGCAGUAGUGAUGGGGACGGCUGUGGCAAGCUCAGCAGCUAUCCUAGGGUUGGUCCUAUCGAAGCGCAGCCAAAAGGCAACUCGUCGCGCCACUCUUGAGUGCCGCUGUGGCAAAGUCAAGGCAGAAAUCCAUCAACCAGCCGCCAACUACAAGUAUUUGGAAACAACUAAUAUGCAAUGUGGCUGUAACGAUUGUAUGGGAUAUUGCAAGGCGGUUCUGAAGGAAGGAUCCACAGAUGAUGCCUUUCAAAACUCCUUCUUCAACCCAGGGGUUCCCACCAUUUUACUGUAUUCGAGUGAAAUCAAAAUAGUUGCUGGCAAAGAAUACUUGGAGCAUAUGAAGUUGUCCCCGAAGACAGACAAUCUCCGUGUCUUUACCACAUGCUGUGGUACACCAGUCAGUGUCAGCAGUGAGAGUGCCCCAAUGAACUUGGUCUACUGUCCAAACAUUCAUCCCUCCACUAAAUGUGGGCAGAAUGAAGUCCCAUUUCCAAAAGAUGUUUUGGACAAAUCAACUCUCUGCUUUCAUGGUGCCAGGUUUCUAAAAGACCCGCCAUCACUAGCCAAGGCCGAGCAGAUACAGAUGAGGGUGGUUGCUGAAGCCAACGCUCCUGGUUUCAUUCUUGGACUGCUUGGUAGGUUAGUGCUUCUGGUGGGACUAGGAGCAAGAGGACCUGGAGAAGGAUUUCCUGUGGCAGAUGGCAAAACAGUAGGAAUUGGUUACGACUCCAUCACAAAAUUGCUGAAAAAAUGA